AUGUCUUCAUCUCCUUCCGAUUACGGCGGCGACGGCGAACUUGACUCCGAUGCAGAUUCUUGGCCCCACGAGGACAAUAGAAUUGAACGAUUUCUGACGGAAGACCGCCUGUCAAAUCUCCUUAAGACUGCUGGCCCUCUCAUGAAUGCCCCCUUGGGCCGAGGCUUCGAUAGGUCUCUAUUUGCUGAAGGGCUCCGCUUUGAGGCGUCGCUUGCGGCCGCCAUCAGCGGGGUUUUGGCUGUCCGGGGAGAGCCCUUCUUCGCCAUCCCUGAAGACAGUUCUCCUAGAGACUCUGUCCAGGCAUCUCUACAGCGGUUCGCAUUCUCCGCCCCAGAUAGCGGUCAUGAUAGCCUUGCAGAGACAUUUAGAGCGGGCAAUUUCACAUCUGAGCGCAUCCACGCGAACUAUUUGGGGCCGCGCCAUAUCUGGCAGCAAAAGGCCGCAGACUUGCUUCGCGCUGUUCUCAGAGACGACGCCAGCGCAGCUCAGACCAUCUGGUGGCGUUCGGAAACUCUCGCAAGCCUAUUCAACAGCUCGGUUGCAGUGUCCGGUAGAGCGGCUCACAUUUAUCUCACCUGCGCUCCUUUCCAGGAUUUUAACGGGGAACAACUCGCAGAAGUAGCGACUGCUGUAGAGACUGCGCUGGGCCAGAUCAAGCGGCUACGAGAAGAUCUCGCCAAUAGCCGUCGCGAUCUACAGCUGCAUCUCGCGGAUAGAGAGUACCAGCUGGCUGCCACGUAUGCUACCUUAUACGAAGGACCGCCGGGAAGUAUAGCAGAGAAACUUGACAAGCUGAUGGAUGGUCUUGACAUUCCCGGCGAUAGGGCCCAGAUCAAGUCCCUGAUGCAGGCGUGGAGGGACUAG